CCUCCUAGUGACAAAAAAAAAAAAAAAAGAAGAAGAAAGAAAUUCGGUGAUCCUUCUUCAGACAGCAAUGUAUGAAUCUGGUCUGCCCACAGAAUUUCAUGUCACAGUGGGGACUCCAACGAGAUUGGUAACCAACACACGCGAAUAAGAGAGAGUACAGAGACCUUCUUCCAUUAUUUAGUAAGUUUCAGUUUUCUAAGGGUUCCUCUUGUACUGUUGACUGUUGUAUCUCCGCUCCGUUCUUUCUUUCAGUCACCUUUCAACAGAAGCAGGUUUCCAGUUUGUUUAUUUCGGGGGUCGCCCAUCAGUUUAAUCUGCAUAAUCUUGACGCCUUUUCUGCAUCUGCAUCUAAAUCGGGUCGUUUGGUAUCCUGGCUUGUGGAGGUGUUUGAUUAUUCGAUUCGAUGGCGGCAAUACUAGCUUCACACAGUUGCUAUUGCCGCGAUGGGGAUUCGAUGAAUCAAGGCAGCAGGAUCUUGGAGAACUUCAGCUUCUCCAGUUCAGUUGCCACCUCAUUUCCAGCGUUAGUUGACAGCCGUGAUUAUCAGUCCCGAAAUUCGAGGUUGCUUCAAGUGCGAAUGACACAGACUGAAUCAUCCCCGGCCUCGAAGCUAGGCCCUAAUGGUCGGCGACCUCCUGUGAAAAUGGUGCCGGUGAAUGAUGUGGUUAAAAGAAGGGCGGCACCAAAUGGAAGUGCAAAAGUAGAUGUGGUAGUGAAUGGUAAAAAACAGGUCAUCAAUGGAAGUACCUCGAGCAUAGUUAAGAAAACCCCUAGUGCUUCUUCAAUAGUACCAAGAUACGCGAAGAGGGAGAACGAGAAGCUUCCGCCUCUCAAUCUAAAGGAUCUCCCUACAGACGAAGGAUUCAGCUGGGCGAAUGAGAACUACAACAAUGUGCAGAGGAACAUCGAUGUUUGGUCAUUCUUCAUCGCAUUUCGACUGCGUAUCAUGUUUGACAAUGCUAAGUGGGCUUAUUUCGGAAGUUUCAGUGAAGAUCAGCAGAAAUUAAGGAGGAAGAACACUGCCGCGUGGCUAAGGGAGAAAGUAUUGCAAUUAGGUCCCACGUUUAUAAAGCUUGGACAGCUAUCCUCAACGAGAUCGGACCUUUUCCCCAGGGAGUUUGUCGAUGAGCUUGCCAAGUUGCAGGAUCGAGUGCCUGCAUUCCCACCAAAGAAAGCGAGAAACUUUGUCGAACGAGAACUCGGAGCCCCUAUAGACGUGCUGUUCAAAGAGUUUGAGGACAGGCCUAUUGCUGCCGCUAGUCUUGGUCAGGUGUUUGUUUUAUGUUCAUUGCCUUCAUUUGGGCAGCAAUUGCAGAAAGCCUGCUUGCGACAUUCGUAGCUAUAUGUGCUAGUACUACAUUGUUUUGUGAUUUGAAGUCAAUGAGAACAUAUCAAGCCUCCGAUUAUAGACUGCUAUUAUAGUGGGGUCUCGUGAUAUGAUUGUACCUCUGGUGAAUUUGGAUGCUGACUGUAUAUCCAUGCCGUCUUUUAGGUGCAUAGAGCCAUCCUGCAUAACGGAGAGAAAGUCGUCAUCAAAGUUCAAAGGCCUGGGCUCAAGAGGCUGUUUGACAUUGACCUAAAUAAUAUGAAGAUAGUUGCAGAAUACUUGCAGAGAAGUGAGUCUUUUGGUGGUCCAACCAAAGAUUGGGUUGGCAUCUAUGAGGAAUGUGCCAAGAUUUUGUACCAGGAGAUUGAUUACAUUAAUGAAGGAAAAAAUGCUGAUAGAUUCCGCCGAGAUUUUAGGAAUGUGAAGUGGGUCCGAGUACCUAUGGUAUUCUGGGAUUACACAGCCAUGAAGGUUUUGACCUUGGAAUAUGUGCCAGGUGUUAAGAUAAACGAGUUGGAUCAGCUAGAUUCAAGGGGAUUCAGCCGUUCCCAGAUCUCCUCACGAGCCAUUGAGGCAUACUUGAUUCAGAUUCUGAGAACCGGUUUUUUCCAUGCGGAUCCUCAUCCUGGGAAUCUUGCAGUCGACACCGAUCAAGCUCUCAUCUAUUAUGACUUUGGCAUGAUGGGUGAGAUCAAGCCUUUUACCCGGGAAAGGUUGCUCGAACUUUUCUAUGCUGUUUAUGAGAAAGAUGCCAGAAAGGUUAUGCAGUGUCUGAUCGAUCUUGGAGCGCUUCAGCCCACUGGAGACCUGUCUUCGGUUAGGAGAUCUGUUCAGUUUUUCUUGGACAAUUUGUUGGGCCAGACACCUGAUCAGCAGCAGACUUUAUCAGCCAUUGGAGAGGAUUUGUUUUCAAUAGCUCAAGAUCAACCAUUUCGGUUCCCAUCAACAUUCACAUUCGUCAUAAGGGCAUUCUCAACACUUGAAGGCAUAGGAUACAUUCUCGACCCAGAUUUCUCGUUUGUGAAGAUUGCUGCACCUUAUGCUCAAGAGCUUUUGGAUAUCAGACAAAAGCAACGGCCAGGCACACAACUAGUAGAACAGAUAAGGAAACAAGCGAACGAUGCAAGAAGUUCUACAAUGUCCAUGCCGUACAGAGUCCAGAGGAUAGAAGAGUUCGUGCAGCAACUCGAAUCGGGAGACUUGAAACUUCGCGUCCGGGUUCUAGAGGUAAUCUUGAAUUUGGAUGAAUGAGAUGGUUGUGGAGUCGAACGAUUAGUCAUAUUUUCGCUAUUUCAAAUAACAUGAUGAAGAAGUUUCAUUGAGGAAUAUCCAGAAGCCGGUUCUGGGAAUCUAGCUGAUUCUGUGACAGGAAUGAUUGUUAAGUAUCAAAUCAAUCUUUGUUUUGGUGGUGGGUAUUUGGCAGUCUGAAAGAGCGGCGAGGAAAGCAACCAUAUUGCAGAUGGCAACAAUGUACACAGUGUUAGGAGGCACCCUUGUGAACCUUGGGGUGACGUUCGGGAGUCAGGGAAGCCAACUUGUUGCCAAUGGGUCAUUUGUAGGCGCAGGAGUAUUCUUAGCAUUGCUUCUAAGGUCGAUGCAGAGGGUGAAAAAGCUGGACAAAUUUGAGAAGAUGAUAUAAGCAAGACAGAGAACUGGCUGGAACCAGGAUGCAUUGCUCUCAGUCUUCUUCUUCUGUAUUUACUCUUUCUCUCACAAUCCUACCAGCAUUCAUCACAUCAAGAACCAAGAUGAUGAUUCACCAACACAUUAGAAUGAUAUAUAUAGGGGAAACACAAAAUUGUACAUGAAUGUCAUGGAAACACUUUUCUUUUACUCUUACAUCUUCUUUCCAUGGUUUAGCGGUUUAUGAUUAGUAUAUCUGUAUUACACAAUAAUAAUAAGAUAAUUGUUGUUCAUCAUAAAACUCUACUCUUUAUCGUGAA